ACCUGGGUUUAAAGGGGUUUUGUUUUCCAUGUUUCAGCUGAGGACUUCCAAUGUAUUGGAGGAUUAGAUAAAUGAAAAGCCCAUUAGACGUUCACGUCAAAACCUUCUAACUGUUAGGUUUAUGCACCAGCGUGUCAGAAAAAGGUUCUUCUUGGCAGCGUGGAGAAGCAGGGGAAGAGAGCCGUGGCCCAUUUCUCUGAAAGGGCUAAAAUUUUAUGGCAGCUGUCGCUACCAGCACACACUGGAGUCUUCCAUCAAGUACGUCCCCAGACGAGCAGUGCUGUACGUCCCUGGAAAUGAUGAAAGGAAGAUGCGGAAACUGGCCUCUCUAGACGUGGACUGUGCGGUGUUUGACUGUGAGGAUGGUGUGGCUCUCAACAGAAAGGCUGAAGCUCGAAUGACAAUCCCAAAAAUGCUCGAGGAGCUGAAUCUGGGCCGCACGGAGAAAUGUGUCCGUGUCAACUCUGUGUCAAGUGGCCUUGCUGAGGUGGACCUGGAAGUAAUUUUGCAAUCAAAGGUGUUGCCUCCUUCCCUGAUGCUGCCUAAAGUGGAGAAAACUGAAGAGGUGAAAUGGUUUGUUGACAAGUUUCUGCAUCUCUUGAGGGGAAGAACUCUGGUGGAACCCAUUCAUUUGAUUACAUUUGUGGAAACAGCAGUUGGUUUGCUUAAUUUCAAGUCUGUCUGUGAAGAAAUCCAUCAGCUUGGACCAAAGGCUGGUCUUCAUCAUGAUGGGGUGGUGUUUGGAUCAGAUGAUUUUUGUGCCAGCAUAGGCGCCUCUCGGACGAAGGAAGCGACUGAGCUGCUGUAUGCCCGGCAGAAAGUGGUUGUCACAGCAAAGGCCUUCGGCCUCCAGGCUAUAGAUCUCGUUUACAUAGACUACCAGGACGGCGACGGUCUCCGGCGGCAGUCGAGAGAGGGCGCGCUGAUGGGCUUCACCGGUAAACAGGUGAUUCAUCCCAGCCAAAUUAAGAUUGUUCAGGAGGAGUUUUCCCCCAGUCCAGAACGAAUCAGAUGGGCUCAGGAACUGAUAGAUGCAUUUGAAGAGCACCAGAAGUUAGGAAAGGGUGCAUUUACUUUUCAUGGCACUAUGAUCGACAUGCCUUCGUUAAAGCAGGCACAGAACAUUGUCACUCUGGCUGUGGCUGUUCAGAAGAAAACACCUGCUCCUGAAGUCCAUGUCCCCACUAUAUGAUGAAUGACUCUCUUCUCCUGGAUUAAACUGAGGUUUUUUGUUAUUGACACGUUUUUUUAGAAAAAUACACUUGAUGUUUUAAGCCAUUAACUGCCAGUUAAUUGAGCAAUCAUAGCACUGUUUUAAUAACCUUAUUGACCAUGAUGUAAUUAAAAUAAAAGUCAAAAGUGUAAAACCCACUUUGAAAAACCACCAAUAAAAAAAUACUCAAAUACACAUUUGAGGAAAAUGCCAAAACAUAAGAUUUUUAUAUCUUGUCAUUUCCUGAAAAGAAUAAGCUGCCUGAAAUCUGUAUUUUUUGGACAUACUUAUAAAUCCUGAUUUUGUUCAACACAAACAUCUAAGAAAGUAAUGGUAUGAGUAUGACUUUGUUCUUAGCAUGUGUUUUCUUUUUGAAGAAAGAAGGAUAGCCUAACUCUGCUUCUUUGAAGACCCCUGUGUAAAAUCUGCCUCCUGCUACCCGCAGGUCAGAAGAGUCGCUCUCCAGUUGCUGGGGUUUAGUCAGCUUGGAGUAAGGGUAAACAAACAGACCAACUCGUCCUUGUUCCACUAUUCAUCCCAUACUCCAAACCAAAGAGCUGAAGUGUUUUUUUCCCUUUCUUUUUUUCCUCCAAGCUGCACUAGAUCAAAGUUGUGGUUGCCAAAGAACCUCAAUGAAUUUUCUUAAACCAACAAUCUCAGAUUUUGUUUCAGACCCCUUACUAAAUCACAGCCCUUUGUGCACUUACUAUGAGGCACUGUUCUCUGUGAAGUGGGGAUGAAUACUUUUAAACUGGGCAUCAGCCCUACACUGACCUCCUCAGCGGCAGGGCAGCCUCACUUACACAAACACUGCAGGAGAGGCUGUUUGGCUGAUUUUUUGUAUGUAAAUAUACAGCAAUCUUAAAGUUUGUUUUGUUUUGUCAUUCCCUUGUCGCCUGCUAUUCAUGUUUUUCUCUAAAGAAUGGCUUUUUGUGUGGCACCACAUCUUCAUUCUCUUAUGCAACAUCCACAGUAAAACAAACUAACCAAAAACAUAACCCUGAGCCCUACAAACAGGACAUUCUCUCCCAGACUUUAAGAGAAUAUUGUCAGCGGUCCUAUCUGAGAUGAUGUAAUUCUCUUGAAUUACACCACUGCUACAGAUGGCUUGUCUCAUGAAGAACAGGGUUCCUUUUUUGCUUGUUGUUUUGCAUGUUAUUUUCAGAUAUUUUGUUUUUUGGUUUUGGUUUCACUCUUUGUUGACAAGUUUUUAGAAAGAACAGUCAUUUACAGUGAACUGUUUGAAUAUUUGACACAUCUGUUGGUGACUGUGGGCUUGAUCUUGCAUGAUCAAUUGUGUCUGAGGUUUAUGCCAGGCAAAUGCCAGACAAAAAGAUCAAACCCACUGCUGUGCCCAGCCAAAGGCCUAACAAUAAGCUGGCUUCCUGGCACUCGGCCACAAACUUUUUUGGGGGCCUUUUGCUUUCAUUUAUUUUUAAUUUUCUAAUGGUAUUACAUUUGUUUCCCUCAAUCUCAGGUUUCAACUGCUAUCAUUUCUCCAGGUUUGGAAGGACCGUGCUGAUGUUGAGUCAAGUCUUAGCCCACAGUUAAAACCCCUAUCCUAAGGCUGACAGAAUUAACUGUAAGUGUAUGUUUUGGUGUGAAUUUUCCCCAAACUCACUUUAGGGCCUACCGCCUCAGACAUUUAUUUUGAGUGAUGGCUCUUCAGAAAUCUAGAAAUGUCUAUAGUUACAACUUCAAAAUGCAAGCUAUUCCUUAACAGCUCUGUCACCCUGGACUGUAAAUAAUACAGAACAGGUGUUAAUUCAGAACGGUCUGCUAUUGUAACAACUGCAUUGGUCGGCCCUCCUUGCCUGACUUUCUAGUGAGGGUUCAUGGUCAAUUUCAGUGCGAUACAUUUCUUCUUCUAAGAUUUUGAAAACCGUAUGAAUUUCUAUGAAAGGAAUACCUGCUUGACUCGAAUGUAUUGUCAGUAAAUGAGGGUUUAAGCUUGAAAGUCAAUUUUGCGCUUAUUUAGGAAUCCUGUAUGAGUACAGUUCUAAUUGCUUAGACAUAACAUUCCCCCUACCCCCAGAAGGAUAAUUAGCAAGGGUCUUGUUCCCAGAAGUCAGUUAGUAUUUGAUGGGUUUUGUAAUGAUCAAAGUGAUAAUCAUUUUUAUAUUAAAAUUGGAUACCCUGGGUUUGCCUAUGCGUUUUGUUAAUUUUAUUGAUUUAAUUGUCACAUUACUUCAGAUAACAGGAAUGUGACUUCUUCCCCUGGAUUCCCUUCUAAUAUUAUGUGGCAUGUCCGUUGUAUUUCCAAGUUGACAUAAUCUUCUCAGCCCUCGCAGCAGAUUUAAAUACAUUUUACUAGUAGUCCCUGAGAGAGUAAAUUACAAUUAACACUAUUAAAUUCUUACAAAACCUGACGAGAUUCAAUUAUAUUGAAAAUGAGAUAGGAACACAAUUUCCUUGAGUGCAAAGCUGAAUGUAUCCUUAGAUUGGUUUAAUAAAUCAUCAGGUAUAAUACUGUGCGGAAUGUGUGUAUGCAAAGCACUGUCAGAGGAAAAUUAAAAUGAAAUGUUUUGCAUAAUUUUUUCAUUAAUCUCAAUAGGACCCGUGUGGUAAAGAUUGUUUUAUUCCCCUAAUUUCCCGCCCGGGGGUUCUCCAAAUAAUGUCUUCAUUGUUUUACUAGUGUGCUAAUGACAAUCUGUGACAACCUCAUUUUAACAAAGGAUUAUUUCAAUGCAAUAAAAUGUAUCGUUUAAAUUAAAGGCAAGGGGCCUUUGGAGCCAUUCACUCGCUUGGGAAACGAGACAUAACAGUAAUAAAAUUGAAGCGGGCAGGAUUGGUAAUAAUUGGUGUGAAGGAGGUAAAGGCAGCGCUUCUGAUAGUAUUUAAAUAUUCCUUAGUUGUUUUCGGUUCAUCAUUGACACUAGAUUAUAAAAUGUGAAUUUAAAGUAUAUAAACAAAAAGUAACCAAGAAUGUAUGUUAUUUUCUGUAAAAUCCCAAGCAUAACUGAGAGCAAACUCGACCCCAGAAGUCUAAAAAAAUGCUCGAAUGAAAAUCCAGUUUUGCUUUAAUGCUUGAUGGUUAUUGUUAUUAUCAUCUUUAAAGAUGCAUCAGCUACUUAUUAAUUCAUCUGAAAGCUACUGAAGAAUGUAUUCUUCCGAUUCUCCUCAGCACUUUCUUGAUAAGGAGAAGCGAUUCGCGAGUAUAUUUUUACAUUGACAAACCUCUACAGAAGCUCGCUAAAUGUAUGUGAAGUGUUAGCAUUUUUUUACAUCGACUUACUUAUUAUACCCCGUAGGUGGUUCGUUUGUAGAAAGAAAAUAGAACGGAUGAGAAAGAAGUAUCCUUUGUCUUUCUGAAGUACAUUUCCAUCCAUCCAUUCAUUAUCAAAAAGCCGCUUAUUCAGAUCUACUUUUAAAAAAAAGUUUUAAGAUUGGGGGCACUUCUUUCUGCAACUAGGGGAUUCGUGAAACAAAACGGAUUACGAGAUUACCAGUAGGAUUUUGUGCAUAUUAAUGUUAGUGAAGUGCACCUAAUGGGGCUAUAAUUGCGCUCAGGAUUUCGGAUGGGUCUUUGUACAAACAGCCCUCACCCCCUCCAACUAGAUUUUUACAUUGAAAGUGAGAAGUUUUUUUUCUUAUUUUUCCGUCUUCGAUCUUUAGAGUUGGGCUUUUUAUUCGAGUUCUUUAUUGUUUUUCUCGGAAAACUAUUACUUUUAUGCACAUUAUCCCAAAAUUCAGCUUUAUGCAAGACAGCGCAUUUUAUGCAGGAACAGUUUCUCCAUCCUUCUAAUUAAAUACCUUUAAUAAAGAAAAAAAUAAGGCAUUUUCAAAAUCAUGUUAACCACUGGAAUUAGGCAGAUAAAACCAUGGAAGGAGAAACUCGAGACACUUUAUUAUAAACUAAACCUAUAAUUGAUCAAGCUUCUCGGGACCAUGAAGUGAUUAACCGCAAAUUUAUUUUUUAACCAAGUGAGAGCUCGCAAACGUGUUCUUGUGUUUUAUGAAAAACAAAGUUUUUACCUUUUUUAAACGUCGGUGUAAGGUCCCUUUUAAUGAAACAUUCAUUCUAUGAAUUGUUUCAUAAAAUGUUAAGUUUUUUUUUUCCUUCGAGUGAAAGAGGCUUUUCCACUCUAGUAAACUAAUCCUUUAUUAACUACACAAUGAAUAUUCGGUCAAGCAAAAACGAUCUAUUGUUGCAAAUUAAUUUAGCUCAAACAUGACGAUGCUGUAGCAUAUGUAUACCGAUUUUAAGUUUCCGAUCAACUAAAUUUUAAAAUAUUUGAUAUGGGAACUCCAGGUUUGAAGUUACCGCUUAAUUCAGUAUGAAAUAUAUAGCAAAAAUAUUUUCAUGCGACAGAAAAAACGUUUGAAUUAACUGAUUACUAAAAUCCAAAUUAUAUUGAACUACAAAAGUGAUUUUAUCCAAAUUUUAACGCAGUUUCCUUGUCAGUUUCAAUUUUGCUGAUUUAAAAGUUUUAAGGUUGAAGCCUACGCAAUAAAAAUAUAAAGUGAAAUGCAUCGUACUAAUUACACAACAUAGACAUAGAUUUUGUUAAACGUUUGUUUUUGUGCACUGAACGGACAAAAGACAACUUUCGUAUUUUUGAUAUACUUGAGGGAAAAGGCAGUUCCCAGAAUAUUUUUAUGGAAACGAAUAAUUU